AUGACACCUUCGGAAAUUGCAAACAAAGCCUUCGACACCACGCUUGAGGUUGUACAACUGCUGAUGAAGCAUUGUAUGAAAUUAAAGGAAAGUGACCCAGCCGCGUUGAUAAUCUCAGAUGAGAUCGCUAAACGGGUGGCUAAAGAUUUGAAGCUUUACGGGGGAAACGCCACAUCGUUCUCCCCUCAGCUGCUGUCGUUUGCAGCUGUAGUACGGCAGCAUUCAAAAGCUGGGAGAUUUGUAUCAUUGCCCGACUGGAACUCCGUGAUGGACAACGACCCGCGCAUCAAGACACACCCGCUGUUCCAUAAGACUGUAGGCUAUCGUCCCUAUCUUGCGUAUCCCGACGCAGAACCAGAAUCCAGCAUGCCAUCAUCCGCUGUCCCGCUGGAGCCUCAUUCAACGAUAGGGACCGUCGUGGAAGCCUCUACACCUCAACAGCUUGUCACAUCAAUGGCCCCACAGCUCAUUCAAUUGCUCCAUGUCGUCCCGGAGGUGAAACCGCUCCUUGUCGUCCUGGAGGUGAAACCGCUCCAUGUCGUCCCGGAGAUGCAACUGAUGACAUCUGAGCCGCCAUCCCCCGCUGCACCGGGCGUGGAACCCAUGAUGUCAGGUGUCCGAAGUACCAUAACGCCCAUGGUCAUACCGGAACUGCCACCACAGGUUUCAAUACGUCCCGUGACCGUCGGACAAAACAAGGGGAAUAUCAGAACGGCACGGCAGAUAUUCCCACCUACUGGUAACCAGCAGAAAAGGAAAAUGGACGACAGCGAACCCGAACCCCGCCGAGCAUCCCGGAAACCAGUCCCGAAACGAAAGAGGAAGUUUGAGUCAGAUGAAGAGGAGACGAAUGCCACCAGUACCAUUCAUGUUAAGCAGAGGGGGUCGUCGGUGAAGGCCAGUCAUGCUGUCAAUCGAACGGACAUGCCUCCAUCCGACUUUGUGGACGACAGAGGUUUUUGGGAUGCAGAAACUAGGCCUGCCGGAUGGGGCCUAGAUGCUACAGUUGCUACUUCGGUAGAGCAUUCCGUUCGCUACCAUCCCCGCAAAUGCGACAAAUGCAUCAACAUGGACGUGCCAUGCAUUGUGCUGCCUGAUAAGAAGUUCGGGUUUACAAGACUCGCUUGUGCGAACUGCGAUGAGAUGAAGAUUACCUGCGCGAUCGACGGUGCCGGUGUCCGGCAAAGGCUACAAGCAAAGGCACAGGGAGCUGCGAAGAACACCGGCAGCAAUGCACCGCUCAAACGUUCUAGGACGCGUGCACCCAAGUCACGUGCGGCCGUCACAGCACCUGUCGCAUCGGCUCCUGUGAAGAGAACUAAACCGUCCAAACGUUCAUCCUCCCUUGUCCUACAGAAAGGUCUGCCGGACAAUCCUCCGAUUGAGGUCAGGCAAGGACAGAUGAACUUGAUGCCGGAUGGUGCAAACUUGCAGGCGCCACCGAAUGUACAAGUAUUCAGAUCUCUGCAACUCCCACCGGUCGACAUGCUAGCACCGAUCGUUCCAUCCGUGCCAGCCGCCCCCUCAGAGCCGGAACCCACUGCAAGAGCCAUAUUGCAAAGCAUCCAUGACCUUGGCAGGAGAUUUGAUCUCCUGGCAACCAAUGAGCGGAUGGAUGCUUUGGAUGUGAGGGUAGAUUCAGUAGAGCGGAAGAUUACCCUGAGGCUGACAGCGCUGGAGGAACGGUUCGCCGUAUCCAUUGCGCAUCAGGAGUCGUUGUCACAAUCAAUCGGUAAUCAUUCAAUGUCCUUACGGGUGCACAGCAACAAUCCGGGUGCACAUUUUCCUCGCGCCGACGGUAGUACGCACCCACCCCGGCACCUACCAGAACCAACCAUCAUGUCAUGGCUGACACAUAAUCAUGCCGGUGAUGAACAUCCUGGCAUCUCCACUAUAGGCAGGGAGUACACCCAUGCAUGGGACCAGUCUCUUACGACGGGUAUGCAAGGCGACGCCCAGGCCUCGACAUCUAGUUGGCGGCCGACAUAUUUCCUGGAUCCUCCUUAUAUACACGAGCCUUCUAUUGCAUCUUCCCCGUUGUCUAGCACGUAA